CGCUUCAGCGUGGAUCUUCAAAAGCAGUCAUGGCGGCUCAGGGAGAAGGAACAGCGGCUUUUAAAUCUGUCCCAUUUGAGGACAAGGGCCAGAAGAAAACAUCGAUGGUGUCAUUUGGGUUCACAAAAACAGUUAACAAAUUUAAAACCCCCAGCGCGGAGGAGUCGAAGAAGAAAGAAGAAAAAGAUUACUUGACCGGGAUUCACGAAAAGGAAUUACAAAGCUCAAAACAAACGGAGAAACCCAAAGAGCUCAUCAUCCCUCUGAUCCAAAAGAACCGCUGGCACAAGCCCGACCGAGCGGGCCAGAACACGGAAGAUGACGGUAAAGCUCAAGAAAAAGGCCAAGACAGCGACUCUGUGGAGUCCCAGGCUGUCAAAGAACUUAUUGAAGAUUCCCGGAGGCAGCUGGAGCAGUGGCAGAAUGGGUCUGAAUCAGAAAAAAACCUGAACCUUUCCAUCCCUCUGUUGAUGCAAAACAAAGUGCCAGAGGGCUUCGAGGAUGGAGACCUAAUAAAUGUGGGGCUACGUCCUGAAUCCUCUACAGAGGCAGACUAUGAAAGCGUUCCAGUGGAGGCUUACGGACUGGCCAUGCUCAAAGGGAUGGGUUGGAAGAAAAGUGAAGGCAUUGGGCGCACCUUUAAACAAGACGUGAAGCCAAUCGAACACCAGCUCCGCCCGAAAGGCCUGGGCCUCGGAGCGGAUCGCUCGGCCAUAAAAGAUCUGGAACCCAACCGGAAUCAGCGUCCGCCGAAACCCGGAGACGAGCCGGGAAAGGAGGAGGAGCUAGUGAUGGGUCCUGGAGGUUGUGUGCUGGUGGAGUCUGGAGCACACAAAGAUCUCUAUGGCAAGAUUGAAGGCGUCGAUGCAGACAACGCUCGAGUGGUUGUGAAGCUCGCCGUCGGGGGCAAGACUGUGACACUCAGCCAACACGGCGUGAGACUGGUCGGACGAAAAGAAUACGACAAAUACAGCAAAGACAUCAGUCGCCUCAGUAAAGCACACAAGGAGAAGGAAAAGGAGAAAGAAAGAGAAAAGGAGAAGGAACGGCAGAGGCAGGAAGAGAAGGAGAGGAGGAGCAACAAGGAGAAAAGCAGAGCUUCAGAAAAAGACGAACCAAAGGAAGAAAGGAAGAGGAAACACAAGGAGUCCAACCAGGACAGAGAUAAGCCUCCUGUGAAAGAAGCCAGACAAGCAGCGGCGCCCCCCUCCUGGCUCCAGAGGGACCUCAAAGUUCGCUUUAUAGACAAAGCUUUUAAAGGGGGAAGGUUUUACAACUCCAAGAUGCAAGUAGAGGAUGUCCUGACGCCAUUCACCUGCGUGUGUCGAACGGAGGAGGGCAGACUGUUAGAUGAUGUGAAGCAGGACAUGCUGGAAACCAUCAUCCCCAAAAGCGAUGGCGACUCUGUGAUGGUUGUCCUGGGUGAGCACAGGGGGCAGGUCGGCCGGAUUCUUCAGAGAGACAAAAACAAGUGCAAGGCCACAGUGCAGCUCAACCGAUACGAGGAAAAGCUGUUCACGCUGGAUUAUGACUUCAUUUGUCACUAUGUGGGAGCAGAAGACCAGUAAGAGUUUCUUCUCUCCUCGUUUCAUCCUGUAUCAUUGUGAAACUUGUGUUCUGACAUGCAUUUAAAGCUUUUUUAAAUAAAAAAAACCUCAGAUG